GACAAGCAUUAUCAUCCCAGCUGUGCACGAUGCAGCAGGUGCAACCAGAUGUUCACGGAAGGAGAAGAAAUGUAUCUGCAAGGUUCCACAGUCUGGCAUCCCGACUGUAAGCAAUCCACUAAGACCGAAGAGAAGCUCCGGCCCACAAGAACAUCAUCAGAAAGUAUUUAUUCCAGACCAGGUUCCAGUAUACCUGGCUCACCAGGCCAUACUAUCUAUGCAAAAGUAGACAAUGAGAUCCUUGAUUACAAGGAUUUAGCAGCCAUUCCCAAAGUCAAGGCCAUUUAUGACAUUGAACGUCCAGACCUAAUAACUUAUGAGCCAUUCUACUCUUCCGCCUACGAGGACAGACAGGAGAGACAGAGUCUUGGAGAGUCUCCAAGGACAUUAUCUCCUACCCCUUCUGCAGAAGGUUAUCAGGAUGCCCGGGAUCGCAUGAUUCACAGAUCUACUAGUCAGGGCUCUAUUAAUUCUCCAGUGUACAGUCGCCACAGCUACACCCCCACGAUGGCGCGGUCCCCCCAGCACUUCCACAGACCUGGCAAUGAGCCGUCCAGCGGUCGGAACUCCCCUGUCCCCUAUCGGCCAGACAGCCGCCCUCUCACUCCAACUUACGCUCAGGCCCCUAAACAUUUCCAUGUUCCAGAUCAAGGCAUCAACAUUUACAGAAAACCACCAAUCUACAAACAGCACGAUGCAGCUGCUUUGGCAGCACAGAGCAAGUCUUCUGAGGAUAUCAUCAAGUCCUCCAAGUUUCCAGCAGCCCAUGCACCUGCACCCAACGAGAUACCAAAGAUUGAGACGGACCACUGGCCAGGUCCUCCCUCCCUUGCAGCCAUAGCAGGAGCUGACAUGAGGCGGAGAUCAAGUGGAAGAGAGGAAGAAGAUGAAGAACUACAGAGGCGCCGGCAGCUGCAGGAGGAACAGCUUAUGAAGCUCAACUCUGGUCUGGGACAAUUGAUACUGAAAGAAGAGAUGGAAAAGGAGCUUCGUGAUAGGUCAGCCCUUUCUGCCAGUCGUUACGAUUCUCCAGCACAUGGUUCAGCUUCCAAGACCUCUUCUCUUCCUGGCUAUGGAAGAAAUGGGCUUCACAGGCCGGUGUCUACAGAUUUUGGUCAGUACAACAGUUAUGGCGAUGUGAGUGGUGGAGUUAGAGACUUCCAGUCCCUCCCGGAUGGUCAUGUCCCUGGAAUGAGAAUGGACAGAGGAGUUUCUAUGCCUAACAUGUUGGAGCCAAAGAUUUUUCCAUAUGAAAUGCUCAUGGUGACCAACAGAGGGCGAAAUAAAAUACUAAAAGAUGUAGACAGAACCAGGCUUGAGCGUCACUUAGCACCCGAAGUUUUUCAAGAAAUAUUUGGCAUGACGAUACAGGAGUUUGACAAGUUACCUCUCUGGAGACGCAACGACUUGAAGAAAAAAGCAAAACUCUUUUAAACUCCCUUUAAACAAUCCAACAAAAAAUGGUGCAUAGGAUAUUUGAAUCAUACAGUCCAAACUAUUUGGAAACAACUACUUAGCCACCAAAAAGGGAAAGAAAAAUAGUGGCACCUCUAUAAAAAGCCGUUGAACAAGAUGAGCAUUUGCCCUCCUGGAGCAUAGGGAGAAAAUGUCUGUGCUCAGAAACGUUGAUGAUGGUUUUCCAGGUGUCAACCUUUUACAUGAUAUUAUACGAGAUAGGAAACCGUUCUGUUCUUCUCCCUCAAUGAUGUUCCCUUACUCUUCUCCAUAAUAGAUAUGAUGGACUUAAUUGCUAGAGCCAGGAAGUGCCCUUAGGAUGCCUUGUAGACUAAAGUAGUUGUAACCACUCCAAGAACCG